AUAUUUAUUUUUUAAACUAAGAAUAUUACAGUGGCAGUGAGGAACAGUAAAGAGUAAAGCAGGCUUCUUCUUCUCCGCAGCGCAAAUUGGCGGAGGCAGAGCAAAGGGCAAAAAGAAAAGCGUGUUACUUAACUCGAGGGGCGGUGUAAUAAGCACCGGUUUCUGUUCAGUGCUACCAACCAACUAGGGCGCAAUAGUAACUGCGUGGUGUUCAACACUGUGUUCCUGACUCAGUCAACGAUGCUGGAGAUUCAGAAUGAACAACCGGAGCAGCAAAGAUUCAACAAUUUCACCGUAGAACCAUCAAACUCUCAAUUUCCCAUCGACAACAACAAUGGCAUUGCUACUUUCCCUAAUCACGCUAACGCAUUCGAUUCUGGAUUUCUCCCUCCUCCGCCUCCUCCUUUUCCUCCUCCUCCUCACCACCAUCAUCCUAACUUCUCCAUCCCUCCUCCUCCUCCUCCUCCUCCUAAUCCUAACUUCUCCAUUCAUCCUCCUCCUCCUCCUCCUCCUCUACGCAAACGACCCUGGGGUGCUUCUUCAGUUCCAGAUCAAGUAGAUGCUACGGGUCCUGUUAAAGUUUAUGUUGCACCAGUUCCAAGAACAGCAUCUGAGGCUGAUAUCCGCCUUGUGUUCGAAAGAUAUGGAACUAUUGUUGAGGUUGUUCUUUUAAGGGAUAAGAAAACCGGAGCUCGACAAGGAAGUUGUUUGGUGAAAUAUUCAACAUUCAAUGAAGCUGACAUGGCUAUUAAGGCCUUAAGCAAUCAAUAUACUUUUCCUGGAGAAUCAUUUCCUGUUGUUGUCAGAUUUGCUGAUCGAGAUCGUGAACGUUUUGGGCUUCGAGGCUUCUGCCGAAACAUGGAAAAGAAAGAUUCUCCGGAAGUGGUGGAUAAAGUUUUUGUUGGUAACAUCAACAAAGAAACUUCAAGGCAGGAAAUUGAAGAAAUAUUUUCCCCUUACGGGCAUAUAGAAGAUGUCGUCAUCUUGCCGAAUCGUGGAUAUUGUUUUGUCAAAUUUUCUAGUAGAGAGAUGUCAUUGGCAGCAAUCAAAGGCUUGAAUAGAACAUUCACGAUGAGAGGUUGUGAUCAACCAAUAAUUGUUCGUUUUGCGGAACCUAAGAAACCUAAGAUGGGAGAAUCAAGGGGAAACUACUUACCUGCAAAUGCAAAUUAUGGUCCCAAUUCUCAAGAACCAGCAGUUUGGCCACUGCCAAAUUUUUGUGAUCCCAAUACUGGAGGGAAUAUUAUGCAUAAUGGUCCACAUCACUCCAGACUUCCACACCAGCAAGUUAAUGCUCAUAUGCCAAACUGGGAACCUGGUGCUACUGUUGUACAGCAACAAUUUCUUCCCCAACAUGCACAUUCACAUUUGGCUUCAAUGCCUUUGCGGCCAAUUCAAGCUCCCACCUUGCCUUCUCAACCGUUUAAUACUGAGGUGCAAAGACAGUUUCAUCCGGCAGAUUUGCCGGUCCGAAAUAUAGAGCAGCAGCUAAGUUCUCAGCUGCCUGCUCAGACUGAACGUAACAAUACAGUUGCUGGAAGUACCUCAUCUGAUCUGUCUUCAAAUAACCAAGACGAAGAUUUUCCAGAGUGUGACUGGAGUGAACACUACUGCCCUGAUGGUAACAAGUACUACUACAACUGCGUCACUUGCGAAAGCAGAUGGGAAAAGCCUGAGGAGAAUGCUUUGUAUGACAAAGAAUCACAGAAGCAACAUGAGCAAGAUGAUCAUAGCUUGCUCCAACCGCAAUUGUCAUUAUCUUCCUCUCAAGAAGUUUCUCAAACGCAACAGGAAACAAAUCACGAUCACAUGCAGUCAGAAACAAAUCCUGUUGUUGAACAGGUGUGAAUUUAUUUUUCUUGUGCUACUGGACUCGCAUAUUGUCAACAAUUAUUGUUAUGAUUAUAAAGUGGCCUUCAAAUUGUUACAAAACUAACAUAAAUUUUCUCCAAAGGUUCUGCAUUUCUUAUUUAUUCCUUUGUAUAUUUCAAUGAUUCAUAAUUGGGGAAUUUGUUGAA